AUGGAAGAUAACGGUAGUGUCAACACCAGAUCGUCUGGGGCACUCACAAAAUAUGAUCUUAUCGUGAUUGGCUCUGGCUUUGCUGGGUGUAUGACCACUCUGAACUUCCUCGAACAUGCCAAAGACUUGGGAAAGAUGCCCACAGUAGCAUUGAUUGAGGCUGGUAAAGAGGGAGAACGAUGCGGGGCUAGCAGAUGGACACCGGCGUUCUUUCGACUGGACAAGAACAACAAUUUGGACAGCAAUUUCAAGAAUGAAAUGAAGCUCGUCAGCAACGGACUCGCUGACCAGGCAUAUUGCGAGAAACUGGAAAGAGAAGUUCCUUAUACAGUUCAGUUCCUGCUUGACCACGGCGUCAAGGUCCAGCACCAGACUGAGAAGAACGUUUACCUCGGAUUUCAUACUGACCAGAAUUUUUCUAAGGGCGAUGGAGGCGGCUACGCCAUCAUUCUCAAACUAUUAGAGCAUAUUUUAUCGUUUCCCAAUGUGGAUAUCAUGUGGGAGACAAAUGCGGAGCAACUCUUAACAGUGGACGACGGCACUAUUCAUGGGGUCAGGGUUCGAAAGAACGAUGGCUACUUUUCCCGGGUUUUUGGCAAGCAAGUUAUGCUCUCUUGCGGUGGUUUUGAAGGAAAUAGAGAAAUGAUGGGACGAUAUGUCGGGCCUAGAUCCGAGCAGCUAGGGCUAGUUGCCCCAGGUCUCAAGUACAACACCGGUUAUGGUCUCACGAUGGGUUUACAAGUCGGCGCUGCAACUGCGGGCUCUUUCCAUGGGCUGCAUUGCGAGCUUGUGGACACACGCUCUUCAAAGCCAGAGGCAACUGUCUGGGGCCACAGCUUUGGUAUUGUGGUGAACGAACAUUGCAAGCGAUUUUACGACGAAGGAAAUCGCUCACUUUUUGCAACUUGUGAAGUCAUUGCUUACGAAACAUGGCGAGAUCAAAAUCAAAAGGCAUACUUCAUCAGCGACGCCCCAAUCAUGGACCGCUUCAGACCUGGCUGGGUUUACGAUACAACUGAUCUGGAACCGGAACAGGGUGACACGAUUGAGGAACUUGCUGGAAAGCUUGGCCUCAACCCUCAAGAUUUGAAGCAGACGUUGGAUGAGUACAAUUCCUCGAUUGAUAACAAAGAGUUCGACCCCAUGAUUCUUGACGGUAAAAGGACCAACGGUCUGACGCCCAACAAGACUAAUUGGGCAAACCCGAUCAAAGUAGCACCAUUCUACGGCUAUCCAUUGACUGCGAAAGUUGUAUUCACCUUUGGCGGCCUGAAAGUUGAUCUUGAUUCCCGAGUGAUGUCUAUGACUGGUGCCCCUAUUCCCGGUGAGUUUCUGGCCCUAUCAGUGACAAAAACGUACCCACCAUGCAACAGCGCACUCCGCUGUCUCACAUUCGGUCGACUUGCUGGAAAAGCUGCUGCACAAGCCUUGUAA